GAAAAAAGUCAACCGAUCGUUUUUGUUGAACGGGAAUUUAUCAAAAUUCUUAGUUUAUCAGUUUUGCUCAAUAAUAAUUAUUCCGACUUAUCAUAAAUCAUGUCGGGUCGCUUACUCCAACCUCCGGAUGCUGUUUUUGAAUCCGUGUUAAUGACUGAUUGUGAUUUGAACUCGGUAAUCCUGCCUUAUCGAGAACGUUGCAGGUACACCCUGGGCGAAAAGUACGUCUCGUGGGACACUCAGAGCGAAUUCAUCUUCGUCAAGACUAAACGCCCCCAGUGGGAUUGGAGUUUCGGCCUGGAAAUCUUAUGCGGACAUGACGCUUACUGGGCCAAACCGGUCAAGGGCAGCUUCGUUUUCAGAAACGGCAUAAAAUAUUACGACCGGGUCAAAAUCCGGCUCAACUUUGGGGAUGAAUUAGUCUUCGCGAAACACCGCGACGGAAUUUCUGGUGGACUGGCCAGAUUCAUUUUUAAAAGAAGGGAAUAUGCUACAAAUGUGGAUAAAUCUAUCAAAAGUGGACCCGAUUCUGAUGCAAUAGUACGGAAAAAUGGGGCCAAGGUGAACUUCUCUCCAGGCGAAAAUCAAUUGAUUUUCUCCAAAAUUCUGUCCUACCUCCCCUUCAAAAGUUUGAAGAACGCUCGACUCGUCUGUCGCCACUGGGACGAACACGUGUCUCCCAUCUUGCGAAAGAAGUCCGUCAUAAAUUUCUAUCCUGGUCUCAAGUCGGCCAAUCCCUCCCUCAAAUUUUUGCAAUAUGUCCACGAAAUGCAGAAUUGGCCACGUUGGAAAAUAUCCUAUCCGAAAUUACCCACUCCCUUAAACGACAUUAGCCAACGUGGCGCCAAGUAUAUCCUCGACUUGGACUGGUUUCUUAACCCGAUGAGGGGACACUGCGUCCAGAGUUUGUCCUUAUUUGGAGACAUCUACACCAACUACGAUUACAAGACUUAUCUCAAGGCCGCCCUUCGGCUUAAAGACACCCUGGAAGAAUUGCAUCUCGAAUUCGGAAUCAAGAUUUUGGGCUACAAUGGAAUCGAAGAGAACUAUUCCGAAGUUUCCAUAAAUUUCAAAAAGUUGACAAAGUUUUCACUUGCCCUAAAUUUCCUGGAGGGUGAACCAUCCCCCGCAACAAGACUGGUGGCGGGCUGGAUGAAACCUUGGGCCGAUGCGGUUAAGGACGUCGAGUCCAUUUCUACUUCUGUUCGCUGCGAUACUUCUCUCGGGUCACGAUUUAUCCAAGAGUUGCAAAACAGUGGCGCAAAUUUGUACAAAAAUUUGAAGGAAGUCUCGCUAACUUGCAAGCCAGAGGACGGCAUCAAUUUUCUCACCGAGUUGAACAACCCCCUGAAAAAGAUGACCUUCACAACACCUCUGGAAACCCGACAUUUUCCAGACUUUGAAAAAUUACUCAAGAAAUUCGCCUCGUCCCUGGAACUGCUAAGUUUUCGGGUUGAUACGGAUGACCUGGAACCAAAAGUUCUCAAUCUUCCAUGCCUUCCCGACCUGAAAACAUUAAAUUUCCACUUUGAGGAGUUUUCAGAUGGUCAUUUUUAUGCGGGAUGUUUGCGGUUCGCGUUUCCCCCACUUUCUGGCGACCAUGACGUCGGGAUCAACUAUGACCGCCAUCUCCCCUCGAUUCGUUCCAUCGUCAUUAGUCCAGAAUUUUAUGAAGAUGAGGAUGCCACGGACAGCGAGGACGAUGUCAACACUUUUUGGGACGUUUAUAGCGACCUGAUUGACUCUCUGCUUCCUAAAGAAGGACAAACCUGUAAAACUCUGCGGAAUUUUGAACUUCCGGACUUCGAUGAUACUGAUACGAAGACGGAGACGCGAUACCGUCAAGCUCACCGACUGCCGGAAGUAUUUCCAAAUGUGAGGAAUAAGUGGAUGGAUUAUGGGAGAUGUAGGUCAAUUAAGGGAUUUUUCUCGGUGUAAAUUAACAUUCAGCAGUUGAUUUAGUAGUUAAAAGAUGAUUAAUUUCUUGUAAAUUCAUGCAGUUAAAUGUGCUCUAACAAUUAUUAUAUGUUGAUAUGUAUAAUUGACGAUAUCUGGUGUUUCUGUUAUGUAAUUGCGUAUCUGCAUUUGUUUCAACUAUAAAUUACCAAAUAAAUACAAGGAUUUAAAAAUCAUCA